CAUCAUCAAUUCAAGCGAGCCCAGCGAUAUAUCGUUUUGCCUCGUUUAAUCUUCGUCAUCCAGAGGAUAUUCGCAGCUGAAUUGGCUUUUCUUGUGUAAGCUUUCAUGGUAGAUGGCCGUUAAGCUACAACGGCCGGGUCCUUUAUCGUCAAGCUCUUCAAACCCUUGUCUUUCGCGGAUAUCCAUUGGAACCUUUGUUUCCUGCAGAAGACUGGUAGAGUUGGAUUAUAUAUCAAACUGCUUGGAAAACUCAAGGACCUCUCUUCUUCAUAGGAAACUGUUUGGAAACAAGAAGAUAAGCUGCUAUAAAUCACGGAGGACUAUGCAGCCUUUUCCUCUUGCAUCUGCUGACGACGUUGUGGCUGUCAAUGGGACUCCUCAUAGCGAUGAUGUUGAGGAGAUGGGGGCUAAACUCAGUGUUUCUAUACAAGAUGAGUACAACUGUGAUGAACUGGUUCAGUCUUUGCAUGAUGCUGCCAAAACUUUUGAACUUGCUCUUUUAAAGAAGAUUUCUUCUUCCAAGUUACCAUGGUUCUCAUCAGCCUGGCUGGGGGUCGACAGAAAUGCAUGGGUUAAGACAUUUUCUUAUCAGGCUUCAGUGUAUUCAUUACUACAAGCUGCAAUUGAGGUUUCAUCUAGAGGAAUCAACAGAGACGAAGAUCUUAAUGUCUUUGUGCAAAGGAGUUUAUCUCGCCAAGCUGCUCCUCUUGAUAGUGUGAUGCGGGAUAAACUAUCUUCCAGCCACCCGGAAGCCAAUGAAUGGUUUUGGUCUGACCAAGUUCCUUCUGCAGUGACAUCUUGUGUGCAUUGUUUUGAAAGGGACCAACGAUUUGUUGCUGCUACUUCUGCCUAUGCCAAAGGAAAGUCCUCAGCUGCAAGCAAUGAGAUAGAUGUGUCACUUCUCAUGCUUGUGCUCAACUGCAUAGCAGCAGUCACAAAACUCGGCCCAACAGAGCUUUUGUGCUUGCCCUUCUGCUCUAUGAUUCCAGAUACUACAGGAAGAUUGAUGGACAAAUUUGUUGACCUUGUUCCACUCCCUCAGGCCUAUCGUUCAAUGAAAAGCCUCGGUCUACGCAGAGAAUUUCUUGUUCACUUUGGACCACGUGCAGCUGCGUGUAGAGUAGAAAGUGACUGCUCUACAGAUGAGGUUGUCUUCUGGGUCGAUCUCAUACAAAACCAACUGCUUCGGGCUAUUGAUCGAGAGAAAAUAUGGUCGAGAUUGGCAACAUCUGAAAGUAUCGAGGUUCUGAAAAGAGAUUUAGCUAUUUUUGGAUUCUUCAUUGCUUUAGGAAGGAGCACCCAGACUUUUUUAGCUGCAAACGGUUCUGAUUCUCUGGAGAAUCCUGUAGAAGACCUUGUCAGGCACUUCAUUGGGGGCAGUCUCCUGCAAUAUCCUCAACUUUCAGCUAUUAGUUCAUACCAGUUGUAUGUUGAGGUUGUCUGUGAAGAACUAGAGUGGCUUCCUUUCUAUCGAAAUAAAAGGGAGCCGCAACCAGGCAAACAAGCACAUGGGCAUAAGAGCAAACCAGAAGGGCCACCUGAUUAUGAUGCUCUUCCUCAAAUAUUUGAUGUUUGCUCUUAUUGGUUACAGAGCUUUAUUAAAUACAGCAAAUGGCCAGAGAAUCCUUCUAAUGUCAAGGCAGCAAAGUUCUUAUCCAAGGGGCACAACAAGUUAAUUCAGUGCAAGGAAGAACUGGGGAGAUCAAGUUUGGCAGUAACAGAAGCAGGAUUUGUUGACAUGAAUGCAUUAUCAACUGAAGAUUCGAGCCCAUUUGACAAGGCUCUAGAGAGUGUAGAUGAAGCUCUUGUGAGACUGGAAAGCUUGCUACAACAGUUGAAUGCAUCAAGCUCAGCCUCUGGUAAGGAAGAAAUAAAAGCCGCUUGCUCUGACCUAGAGAAAAUAAGGAAACUUAAGACAGAGGCUGAAUUUUUGGAGGCGUCUUUCAGAGCCAAAGCAGCUUCCCUUCAAGAGGGAGGUGGUGGCAGUGGCUCUCAGGAGUCAUCUGAGGAAAGACAUCAGAAUCUAAACGGAAACGACACAAAUAAUUCAAUAAGUUCUGUAGCUCAAGGCACAGGUAAGAAUCGUGGAUUCUGGGGUUUCUUUGAGCGCCCUAUAAGGAGGAAGUCUGCUCCCAACUUAUUGGCAGAUGAAUAUAUUGAGAGAUCCAGAGAAAAGGUUGAUAGCGUGGAUUCAGAACCCAAUGAGAUUUAUCGGUUCGAACUUCUGAGGAAUGAGCUGAUAGAGCUGGAGAAGCGGGUCCAAGGAAGUACAGAUGACUCGUUAAAUGAAGAGGGAAGUACCUCUGGGGAUCCUUCUACAUCAAGCAGUAGUACGAAAGGUGUGGAGUUGGUUCAGAGCUCAAAGAGAGAAAGGGUCAUUGAGAAAACACUCGAUAAAAUCAAAGAAACAAGCACAGACGUGUGGCAAGGAACUCAGCUUCUUGGAUCUGAUUCAUCUGCUGCUAUGGAGCUGCUUAGGAGGUCUGUAAUAGGAGACGAAUUAACAGAGAAAGAAAAGAAAGCUCUGCGCAGAACCGUGGCUGACUUAGCAUCAGUUGUUCCCAUUGGUGUCCUUAUGAUUCUUCCUGUCACACCAGUUGGCCAUGCGGCUAUACUUGCUGCAAUUCAAAGAUAUGCCCCAGGCUUGAUACCUUCAACAUACGGAUCCGACAGAUUGAACCUAUUAAGACAGCUCGAGCAGGUCAAGCAAAUGCAAAACGAAACGGAGCCUGAGGAAGAAACAGAACCAUGACUACAUGAAGAUGCAAAUUUCAUUUUAUUACCUCACUUUGUGUAUAGAGAAUCUCAUUCCAUGUGACACGUGUUGUUAAA